AUGACAGUUACUGCAGGGUCGGGUCGGGUCGGGUCGGGGCGGAGCACCUCAACAGCAAGCGCCGUUUCCGUGCCCGGCCCGUGGCAGGUUGCGUGCCGCGCCGCCAGAUGUCGGGGCCGGCGCGGCGCGCGGCCCGAGGCGCGGGCAGGGCUCACUGAGUGCCCGGCAGCCGAGCUGUGCACACGUCAGCCUCAGCCGUCCCGCCUGCUCCUCCGCCGACCUCGCCCGCGCGGCACGGCGCUGCGCGACCGGCCCUCCUCCGCUGACGUUCCACGGGCGGCGCCGCGACCGCCCAACCGGCAAGACCGCCACUCUCCCGCUCCGCCCUCGCGCGCCACAGGUAAGACCGGACGGCGCACUGCCCCGAGGACUUCCCACCCCGCACUCGUCGCAAGGGAAAGUGUUCCUCGGCAGCCAACGAGGAGGUGA